GGCUUCUGCGGCAACGACCGACCAACCAACCAACCAACCAACCGGCGAACCACCCAGCAAACCACCCGCUCAGCCGGCGCCAUGAAGCCGCAGUGGGCGCUGGCGCUCGCCUGCACGCUGCUGCUGGCCGUGUCCGUUAGAGCUGAUGAAGUGGAUGUGGAUGGGACUGUGGAAGAUGACCUGGGUAAAAGCAGAGAAGGGUCUCGAACGGAUGACGAAGUUGUGCAGAGAGAAGAAGAAGCUAUUCAGCUAGAUGGUCUAAAUGCGUCCCAAAUAAAAGAAAUCAGAGAAAAAUCUGAGAAAUUUGCAUUUCAAGCAGAAGUUAACAGAAUGAUGAAACUUAUUAUCAACUCCUUAUAUAAAAAUAAAGAGAUUUUCCUGAGGGAACUAAUUUCAAAUGCUUCUGAUGCUUUAGAUAAGAUACGGUUAAUAUCUCUAACUGAUGAGAAUGCUCUUUCUGGUAAUGAGGAGCUUACUGUCAAAAUCAAGUGUGACAAAGAGAAGAACAUGCUUCAUGUUACAGAUACGGGUAUUGGCAUGACAAAGGAGGAGUUGAUUAAAAACUUGGGUACCAUUGCAAAGUCUGGUACAAGUGAAUUCUUAAACAAGAUGACCGAAAUGCAGGAUGACAGUCAGUCAACAUCUGAAUUAAUCGGCCAGUUUGGUGUUGGCUUUUAUUCUGCUUUCUUAGUAGCAGACAGAGUUAUUGUCACAUCAAAACACAACAAUGAUACUCAGCAUAUUUGGGAGUCCGAUUCCAAUGAGUUUUCUGUGAUUGAUGACCCAAGAGGAAACACUUUAGGACGUGGUACAACCAUAAGCCUUGUCUUAAAAGAGGAAGCAUCUGACUACCUCGAACUGGAUACUGUUAAAAAUCUAGUCAAGAAAUACUCGCAAUUCAUAAACUUCCCCAUAUAUGUGUGGAGCAGCAAGACAGAAACUGUUGAGGAGCCCGUUGAGGAGGAAGAAGCAAAGGAGAAAGAAGAAACAGAUGAUGAUGAAGCUGCAGUUGAGGAGGAGGAGGAAGAAAAGAAACCAAAAACGAAAAAGGUUGAAAAGACUGUUUGGGAUUGGGAGCUGAUGAACGACAUCAAACCAAUCUGGCAGAGGCCGUCUAAGGAAGUCRAAGAAGAUGAAUACAAAGCUUUUUACAAAACCUUUUCCAAGGAACAUGAUGAUCCUAUGGCUUACAUCCACUUCACUGCUGAGGGGGAAGUAACUUUCAAAUCCAUCUUGUUUGUUCCUAAUUCUGCUCCACGUGGCCUGUUUGAUGAAUAUGGAUCCAAAAAAAGUGAUUUCAUAAAGCUGUAUGUUCGAAGAGUGUUCAUCACAGAUGACUUCCAUGACAUGAUGCCCAAAUACCUCAACUUUGUUAAGGGUGUCGUGGAUUCUGAUGAUCUUCCUCUGAAUGUAUCUCGUGAAACACUGCAGCAGCAUAAGUUGUUAAAGGUGAUAAGAAAGAAACUUGUUCGUAAAACUCUUGAUAUGAUCAAGAAAAUUGCGGAAGAAAAAUACAAUGACACGUUCUGGAAAGAAUUUGGAACUAAUGUGAAGCUUGGGGUGAUUGAGGAUCACUCUAAUCGCACACGACUGGCUAAGCUUCUUCGCUUCCAGUCUUCUCAUCAUGAAAGUAACCUCACCAGUCUCGAUCAGUAUGUGGAAAGGAUGAAAGAGAAACAGGACAAGAUAUAUUUUAUGGCAGGUGCCAGCAGGAAGGAGGCUGAGUCCUCACCUUUUGUUGAGCGCCUUCUGAAGAAGGGCUAUGAAGUGAUCUAUCUGACCGAGCCUGUGGAUGAGUACUGCAUUCAGGCUCUGCCAGAGUUUGAUGGCAAGAGGUUUCAGAAUGUAGCUAAGGAAGGAGUUAAGUUUGAAGAAAGUGAAAAAUCUAAGGAGAGUCGCGAAGCUUUGGAAAAGGAAUUUGAACCGCUCUUAAACUGGAUGAAAGACAAGGCUUUAAAGGACAAGAUUGAAAAGGCAAUACUAUCUCAACGCUUAACCCAGUCCCCGUGUGCCCUCGUGGCUAGUCAGUAUGGAUGGUCUGGUAACAUGGAAAGAAUCAUGAAGGCUCAGGCUUACCAGACUGGGAAGGAUAUAUCUACAAACUAUUACGCCAGCCAAAAGAAGACUUUUGAAAUAAACCCGAGGCAUCCACUGAUAAAGGACAUGCUGAGGAGAGUCAAGGAAAAUGAAGAUGACAAAACAGUUUCAGAUCUCGCAGUGGUCUUGUUUGAAACCGCAACUUUGAGAUCAGGAUAUAUGCUACCAGACACCAAGGAAUACGGAGAUAGAAUAGAAAGGAUGCUUCGUUUGAGUUUAAACAUUGACCUGGAUGCAAAGGUGGAGGAGGAGCCAGAAGAGCCUGAAGAUGCAGCUGAGGAGGCAGAGCAAGAUGAAGAGGAGGUGGAUGCCGAAGAAAGUGAAACACAGAAGGAAUCCACAGAUGUGAAAGAUGAACUGUAAACUACAUGCAACUACCAUCCUGUGUUGGGAGCUAGGGAAUGGGAAUGAGUUUGUUCUGUUUGUUGAGGGAUGGUGGGGGUUUAAGGGCAAAGGAUUUUUUUUUUUUAAGUUGACUUUUCUAAAACAUUCCUCAUGAAUGUAAAUUUGUACUAUUUAACUGACUUCUUGGUGUAAAAUCUUGUCAUGUACAAAAUAAAAUGUUCCCAAACACCAUGUUAACCCUGUUAAAUAGUAAGCUCAUCUUUUGGGCUACUACUGAGAAUUGAUGGGAUUGCCUGGGUUGGCUUGAGUGUUCAGGGCUGCAUGACAGGAAGCCUGGCGUGGUGGUUCAGAGGUCCUUCCCCCACUGCUGCACMUCCUUUCACUGCUGUGUGCAUAAAGUUAGGUGUAGUCAAACCUGCCCUGCUUUUGAGCUAAAUGGUUACAUGUCAGCUACACUGCUCAACUAUAAACCAGUGACUAAUCAUAAGUUAUGUGACUACUUAUGUGAAUACAUCUUGAGAAAUAAGAGAUGGGGCAUUUAAAAAUAGAUACUGUUUGAAGUGAAGUACUGCAACUUAGUUUGAACCACAAUAGUGUAAAGAAACUGUAGUUAUGGCAGCCAACUCUCAACUUCACAGCCUACAGAUGAUAGCAGUGGGCUAAAUAUAUAACUGAACUCCUUAAACAUAAAGGACAGAGGUGACCUUGUUGGAGACAAGUGAGAAGGGUUUCAAUCCAGCACAGGUGUGGCCAGAAAAAUGGCUUACUAGCUGGAAGACUGUGUUCUUUACUGUGCAGUAACAGUGCCUCAUAGCUGUGUGGCUCACUUAAGAGCUAGCCCUGGUUUCUAAAAGUUUUUAAAUGUGGAUUCCUUGGCUAUGACAGUUGUUCCUUAAUUCUGUUCCGAGACUUUCAGUACUCUUGUUCCUGGGUUUCUCUGGUGUGACUUAAGUGCUCGCUCCACCUCGAGAUCUAGCUGCUGAUACCAAAUGGAAUAAUAGCAGCAAAACUAGGGGCACCACUUCCACUCAGCUUUACGUGGUGUUUGGAUUGAGCACU